CUCCGUUGCUCUCUCCCUCUUCUCUCCCUCUUCAGCUUUGGAGUUUGAAAAGAAUUCCAGAAAGAAAUAAUAAACUAAGUCUCUCUUUGUGCAAUUAGUGGCACUGCAUGUGCUCAGAGAAUCACACUGAAUUUUGCUAAUAUAUCCCACUGUCCAUCCAUUAUACUCUCACUAUAUCUACAUAUAAAACCACUCCCUUCUCAUUGUUACUCCCUCUCCCUUCUUCUCUUUUUUCUUUUCCCAUUUUGAACAACUUGGGUUUUGUAUCUCUUUCAUUCUUGAUUCAUAGAAAUGGGUGAAGAAGCUAAACAGGAACAAGCUAAGGCAGAGGCUAAGCCAGGGGAGAAGAAAGAAGAGAAAGCAGAGGAGAAGAAGGAAGAGAAGGCACAGGAGAAGAAGGAAGAAGAGCCUAAGCCACCAGCUCCGUUUGUCUUGUACGUGGACUUGCAUUGUGCUGGAUGUGCCAAGAAGAUUGAGAAGUCCAUCAUGAAAAUUAGAGGAGUGGAAGGGGUUGAGAUGGACAUGGCUAAAAAUGAAGUGACUAUAAAGGGGAUAGUGGAGCCUCAAGCGGUGUGCACGAAAAUUAUGAAAAAAACUAAGAGAAAAGCAAAAGUCUUAUCCCCAUUACCAGCAUCCGAGGGUGAACCCAUUCCAGAAGUUGUUAUUUCACAGGCUGGUGAAUUAAAAACAGUGGAGCUCAAUGUAAACAUGCACUGCGAGGCCUGUGCUGAGGAACUUAAGAGGAAGAUACUGAAAAUGAGAGGAGUCCAAACAGCCGUGACUGAGCUUAGCACUGGUAAGGUCGUGGUGACAGGGACAAUGAACGAAAACAAGCUUGUAGAUUAUGUUUAUAGGCGCACCAAAAAGCAAGCUCGAAUUGUACCACAACCCGUGCCUGAACCAGAGAAGAAAGAAGAAAACAAAGAAGGUGAGAAGCCAGCAGCAGAGGAAGCAAAACCAGAAGAAAAGAAAGAAGAAGAAAAACCACCAGAAGAAGCUAAGAAAGAAGAGGGUGACAAGGGUGGUAACAAGGGUGAAAGUAAUGAGAACAAAGGUGGUGGUGGUGAGGAAAAGAAGGAAGAGGCCAACAAGGAAGGUGAAGAAAUUGUUGUCAUCAACAAUAAUAUUUAUGAGGAAGGUAUGAAGAGAAUGAUGUACUAUUACCAGCCAGAUAUUGAUGAGGAAGGUAUGAAGAGAAUGAUGUACUAUUACCAGCCAGUCUAUGUGAUUGAACGAAUCCCACCUCCUCAGCUCUUCAGUGAUGAGAAUCCAAAUGCAUGUUGCAUUUCAUAACAAUUUGAUCAAAUUAUUAUGUGAUCAAAAAAAUGUUAUUAUAAUGUGAAUUGUCCAAUAGCUUCUAGCACUGCUCGUGAUGAGAGAAUUUUAUAGAGAUGUUUGGUGUAAGGUGUCAAAUGGAAUUAGAUCGAAAGUGAUGAAUAAUAAUUUAAUCAUUCUCUGUA